AUGGCCAGCAAAGACCGAGGAGGAGGCCAGAGAGAUGGUCGAGGGGGCAAGCGUCCUGCCGGGGUGACGAAGAACUCUCGCAUUCCACAGCUUACUCCCGAGACCGUCUCGCGGAUCCUUCAACAGCAACAGGAGCAGCAGCAGGAGGCGCUGCUGCAGCAAGAAGGCGUACAUCAGCCCUCUCGUCAGCCGUGGUCGGGCUCAAGCGAGGCAACCAACUCCUUCACGCCUGUCAACCGACCCACCGGUGAUACCUACAUCAAUGCCAACGCAAACGCCGACAGGCGGCACGACGUCGCACUUCUCGUUCUGACCCAACCCCCCAUAGCGCUCGCGAGCUCGACGACGCCCUCGACGACGCCUGCGUCUCCCAACAUCGAUGCAGCACGAAGGAAGGUGUCGUCGACCAAGACCUUGACACGCUGGCAGCCGCCUCCCCGUGACGCCGAUGCGACUCCGUGUGCCGGAGAGGUGGUUCAAGCAAGGUAUGACAACAAGGUCGUCAUUGAUAGCCAGCUCUGCCGUAAGCUCGCCAACGGCAUCGCCCGCCGCGAACCCGAGCAGCGCCGAAACGACCAGGAGCUCAACUUGGCCCGCCGUAGCAACGUCGAGGCAUUGUUGGCCCAGGUCACUGGCGACGUAGCCGAUGUGCCCUGCAAGAAUUGCCACAAGGGUCACGGCCCGUGGACGAGAUGUGUUAUCAUCCCGGGAAGCAUGUGUGGCAGCUGCUCCAACUGUUGGUUCAAUGCCAGCGGGUCGCGCUGUACGUUUCAUGUCACGACGAAGACGGCAAACGAAUUGUUCAGCCUAGAACUGAUGCCUGUCUCCGAAGAGAACAACAGGGGCCCGCAGCAGAACGGCCAAAGCCAUCGAUCAGCCCAUACACUGGCAUCGGAAACCCCUCGCACUAUGUAUAGGUCCCGUCGGAAUAGCGAACCCUCCUCCAUCGGAAUUCAGAUGGUGCGAGAGGGCAUGUUCCUGCCCGAGGAUGGCAUCAGCCGCCUCGCGAAUAGCAUUCGUCGUUUCCUGGACUAUAUAUUCGAUUCUAGCUCUGCAAAUCGCGCCCAGGAUAUCAUGACGAGAAUCGACAUUGCAGCCAAUACGAUAGCCACUUGCAUUGAGGAUUUGAUCCUGGUCCUCGGCCUCGAUGUUCCAGAUAUCAUGCGACAGUCCGAGCAGCAGCCUGCGCAGCCAAACAGUCAACAGCCUGCGGAGCCAAAUUUUCAUCACGAUGAGCAACGGCCUGUUCAGUUGAAUGGUCAUCGGCCUGAGCAGCAUGCUGCCCAGCCUGCAUCCCAUACUGACCCUCGCUUGGAGCGGCCUUACCCAUGGCAACCGCCGUCGGUCCUCCGGUCUCCGUCCCUGGACCCCGAUGGAGACGCACAAGUUUCGGAAUUUUCGCAUGGCACACCCUACAAUAAUGGUGCCUAG